AUGUCCGGCAAUAUCAUCUGCCCGAGCGGCAUGCCUGUCAGUUGGACGUCGAAGAAGCAAAGCGGUGUCUCGCUCUUGACGAUGGAAGCGGACAUCGUUGCUACAUCGGAGCAGGCACGCGUGCUGCUCGGCAUCAUGGAGAUGCUGAACAGUUCGGUAAGCCGCGAGCGCUGCCGAUAG